UCUGCUCCAGAGACAAUGGGGCGCGCGGGGCCCUCGGUCAGCGAAGUCGCCGCCGCCGCCCUCCUCCUCCUCCUCGCGAUCUUUCGGCUGGGCGUCCUUAGUGAGCCUGGCGCGUUAGGAGCGCAGCCGGAAGUGCCUCAACCAGUGAAUGUUACUGUAGACUCCUAUAACUUCAAUACCUCUGUACGGUGGGAUUAUCCAAACAUAGCCUCAAAGCCUCUCUUUAUUGUGGAAGUUCUGUGCUAUGGUAGUGGCAAAAUAGAAAUCAAUACCUGUGUGAACAUAUCACAACGCUAUUGUGACCUCACCCACAAGGUUGAGAAAUGUUCCCAGUUUUGGGUGAAAGUUAAAGCUCUUGUUGGACUGCAUGAAUCUAAAUAUGGAAAGUCUAAGGGAGGAUUUGAUAUAUACAGGAAUGGCCGAAUAGGACCACCAAAGCUUAACGUCACCGUUAACGGUCAUGAAAUCCGAGUUGAUUUUGAACAUCCUCUCACUCCAUAUUAUCAGAAGGAGUCACCACUUAGUGUAACCGCAAACUUCACAGACUUCAGUUACAAAGUCUUCCUUUCGGAACGUGGAAGCCCAAACAAGCCUUUAGAGUUUGAAACAGACGAGUGCCAAAUGAAAUGUCCCAUAAAUCUUCACAUUCGUUUUUGGAAUACCUCGUACUGUGUUUCAGCUGCAGGCCUGUCAAGAUCAUAUCUAGUGACUGGUGAAAAAUCAGAACAAUACUGUAUUGAUGUUCCUCUUCAAUCUUCAUUAGAUAUAACAAUGCCUAUAAUCGGUAGCAUUGUUGGCUUGGUUGUUCUGGCAGUGAUUCUGGCAAUACUCUACAAAGUUUUACAGAAGAGAAAAAAUAAACUUCCUGAGUUUCUGAGUGCUGUGGUACGAAACCCAUUCAGCAGUUUUGAUGCAAAACCAGAAGGCAAAUAUAAUGUUAUAACUUCCAUCAAUAAAGCAGAAUCACCAGAGUGUGAAGAAAACAAAUUUAUGGAUCCCAUAACACAAGUUAACACCACUGACCUCAAUGGCUGUGUCAAAGAACUACAUGCUGAUGAUUCCCAAGGAAUUUUAAGUAAAGCAGGAGAGUUGAGUAACCAGAAAGCCAUGAUUGUGGAAAUCUCUGAAAGUGAACAAAACCUUGAAGACAAUCUCAAUUAUUCUAAAUCUGUUAGAGGCCAAGAAGAGAUGUGUAACAACCUUCCAAAUCUAGAUCUUCCAAGAGCUGAUAUGCAACAACCCACUGUUCUAGGAAGCUGCAUAAAAGAAUCUGGGUAUGACAAGCCCCAUUGGAAAAGCUCAGACUCUGGGGAAGAAUUACUGAUUACACAGAGUCCCCGUGAUGAACCAGAAGCCUGAAAGAGAGAUUUCUUUUAUAAAAGAAUAUUAACAAAAACUGCAAGCACUUACUCAAUUAUCGCAACCAUCUGUUGCCAAGGUUUGUUAGCACUUUAAGCUUAAUAAGAAUUCAAAUAGGUUCAUGAAAACUGAGACUUACCACAUUCUGAUGCCAAAGAAGUAAAUGGCUACAGUCCUAUACAUGGUUAGCUUGGAGUAAGUUUUGUUGAAGUUAGAUGUACUUCUCAGUAGACAUGUAACCAAAGACAUCCCAACAUCAUCUUAGCUUUCUGAGCCGUCGCUUUCCUUCUGCUAAAUGGAUGGUGGUUGUGAAGAGUGAAGGAUGUCCUGUUCAGAACUAUCUCUCAAUAUAUUGGGUAGUAUAUCUCAGUAUAUCGGGCAGUGCUGCAGCCAGUGCACAAUUGUCUGCUGUACUUAUGGAUCUCCAGGAUGGGGAUCUCACUAUAUACACUGUUGCAAGCGUUUUGGACCCAUGGGCACAUUUUGGAAUUUGAUAAACUCCUGUCAGCACCACCACAAAAUGGCUCCCACAGGGGGAUGUGACCAGCCGCAUAAUGGCUGCUGUAGGGGGAUGACUAGUCAAGCUAGACCAGAGGAUGGAAGGGAGGAAGGAAUAGCAAGGCAAACGGAUAGAGGGGAGAGAAAGCAAGGCAACGGGAUUUGAGAGAGGCUAGUAGCUAAGAGUGAAGAGAGAGUGAGUGCAAAGGGGAAAGAUCUGAGUGAGCCAGGAAACAACUCUUUCCUUCCCUGCCUGCCUGCCAGCCAAACAGUUGAUCAGGUUCAGAACAUGGUGCCUUAACGUUUUUCAAGGGGAUUUUUUUUUUAAUUGAAGAGGCCGAAGUAGAGUGUUUAAUGGAUGCCAUUGUAGGUGCCUUUGCUGUAUUUGGGGGCCCUAUUGUGUAUUUGUGAUGUAUAGCUCACUUUUUGCUAGAUGAAGACUAUGUAAAGGUUACACUCCUAAAGAGAGAGUUGUAAGACACAUUCUUUUCAUCCCUGGGAUCUUCAGAGAGGACUUGGAAGACUCCUGUCCUAAAUUUUGGACAUCUGCUACCUGUCAGCACAGACAGUACUAAGCUAGAUGGUGUAAGGCAGCUUCCUAUUAUCUCCUAUAUUAGGGAUAUAUGGUAAAAUAGGGUGGUCCUUUCACAGUUCAGGGGGACAAUGACUUCACAUACUCAGAAAAAGGUCUCUGUUUUUCCAACAUACAAUAGAUUACAUUUGUAGAUAAUUAAGCAGUAACAAUACUUUUAUCAUUUGUAAAAUAUCUCAGGCUAUACAUUUUCCCUGUGGGGAAUUAUUGAACACUGAUCUGAAGAGAUUGCCAACAAUGUGUAUAAUCAUGACAUUUGAAAUGACAUGAGGAUCCCAUUCCACACGAAGACCUGAAAUUCAAUUGUAGUAAAAUAAAUAAAUAAAAAAAAAUCCUUCCGGUUUUUCACCCAGUAACCAAAAAUA